AGGCUGUGCUCUCACUUGCCGCCCCCACCGGCUGCCGGGUGCCCACAUCUCUCUGGGGACUUUCUCUCCCUCACUUUCCCUGCCCCCGCCCCCACCCUCUGUCUAUGCAAAUCCCAGGGAGGGGGAACAUUUGCCUGACCCCCACUUCCUGUCCCACUGGGGGAAGCAGUGAGGAUUGGACACAGCAGCCCUUGGCUGGCAGUCGGGGUCGCACCGCACAGCUUGCUGCCCCCAGGCCCCCUCCCCCGGCUUUGACAUGCCCCUGUCUCUCUCCCCCACCAGGCUGGAUGGGCCACACUUCAGCUGUCUGUACCCCGAAGGCGUCUUCUAUGACCUGGACAGCUGCAAGCACUCCGGCUGCCCCGACCCAGAUGGGGUUCCUGACUCCCUGUGGGGCUGGGCUGAGGCCCCGCAGCCCGUGUCCGCCGUGCCCUACGAAGCCUUCGACCCAGCAGCAGCAGCCACCUUCAGCCAUCCCCAGGCCGUGCAGCUGUGCUAUGCACCGUCCCCCUCCAGCUACAGCCCCGCAGGGAGCCUCGAACCGGCCCCCAGCCUCGAGGGGCCCGGCCUCCCCGCCUAUCCCACCUCAGAAGACUUCCCUGGGCAGACUCUGGGCCCCCCGGCGUUUGCCCCGUACCCCAGCCCAGUGCUGUCGGAGGAGGAGGACCUGCUGCUGGACAGCCCAGCCCUCGAGGUUUCCGACAGCGAGGCGGACGAGGCCCUGCUGGCUGGCCCGGAGGGCAGGGGCUCCGAGGCAGGGGCCCGCAAGAAGCUGCGCCUGUACCAGUUCCUGCUGGGGCUGCUGACGCGCGGGGACAUGCGCGAGUGUGUGUGGUGGGUAGAGCCGGGCGCCGGAGUCUUCCAGUUCUCGUCCAAGUACAAGGAGCUGCUGGCGCGCCGCUGGGGCCAGCAGAAGGGCAACCGCAAGCGCAUGACCUACCAGAAGCUGGCGCGGGCGCUGCGCAACUACGCCAAGACCGGCGAGAUCCGCAAGGUCAAGCGCAAGCUCACCUACCAGUUCGACAGCGCGCUGCUCCCCGGCGCGCGCCGCGCCUGAGCCCGGGCCCCCCAGGCUGCGCCCUGGCACCCCCACAUUGGGGGCGGGGGACCGCCGCCCCGCUCAGGGUCCCUGCGGCACUCCCUAGUCAGGCACAGGGUCCUCGGAUCCGAAGAACUUCUAGAGGAUCACCCCCCUUCCCCGUGAGGCCGGAGACCCCCGCCCCGCUGCUAGACAGGGGGACCCCCUCAGUCUCCUCUGCGGUUGGGGGACUCCAUGGGGUCGCAACAUGAGGGGGCCCUGCGGCGGGGGCGUCCUGGCCUCAGUGCUGUGUGAGCCGUGGCUCUCGGGGUCACGGGGGGCGCGCUCCUCACUCCUGCCCGCCGACGCCCCCUCGGCACGUCAGAGCCCCCCACUCCUCCGGAAGCGUCCAGCAGGCCUCUUGUCCGGGUCUCCUCACAGCCAAGGCCCUCUGAGCUUUCGUCUGAAGUCGCAGGGCUGAGCCCUGGUGGGAGUGGAAGGGACUUGCAUUGGGGGUACCCCUGCUUUGGGGGGUACUCUGGCAUCCCACAGCCACAUGGAAGGCGCCCUAGCACCCCAAACAAUGAGGCCACAUCAGGACCCCCUCAGCAGCGCUGAGUUCUCCUGGGGAUCAUAACCUUCUUGGGGUGCCCCCCCUACAGCCCACCACCCCCACCCAGAGACCGGGCAGGCCCUGGGGGGAGGGCAGGGACCUGACACCCCCACACCACGCGGGGAGACUGGCUUGCUGGGACAGGGGACAGGCUGCAGCGGCAGCAGGAAUAAACCUCACCCCUGCACGGCCUGAGGGGAGGCGGGACAUCCAACUGUGGAGUCCAGGUGGGCUGGGGGUCCAGGGUGGACAGAAACCCAGAGCCCGGUCUACCCUCUGAGAAACGGGAGACGCCAAGGAGGGAGACCGCAAAGGCCCUGGCCCCACUCCCCAGUGCAGCUACCCGCCCCCCAAAUCCACUGCAGGGAUGACCAGGACCAGGGGGCAGGGGUGGAGAGGGAGGGCCGUGCGCACAGAGGUGUCCCCUCCAACGAAGGUACUAAUUUCCCAAGCGCCCACUGUCACCCUCUAUCUGAAAUAAACCAAAACACGAGAAA